CUGGGGGAUCCUGGGGUUGUGCGUCACUCGGCUGGUCGCUGGGACUGCAGUGCCUCCCUCCGGCCGCCCAGCAGCUCCGCCGUCCGGCCUGAAGGCUCUCCCUCCCCAAGCACCGCGCUCCCGACCCGGGUCGCUUCUGGCCAUCGUGCCCGCCCCCCCCUCUGCAUCUUUGUCAGCCCGCUCUGUUUUCUGUGCGGCAGCAGAGAGGAGGAGAUUUCUGGGCUACCGUUUGGUCCUCUGGGGGAGGAGCCAGUUGGCGAUCGUACGCUGCAAAGAGACACGGCGCCGCACUGGGAGGAUAAAGAACUACUGACGGUGGGAUGAAGACCAAAAAGGAUGAUGGGCUGUUCACAAGUUAAGGACAAACUUUACUCUGUGUGAACUGCAGUGGAGGAGGAAGCUGAUGAGGGAAACUAAAGACGGGAAAGUGACAAAGUAAAUCACAUGAUCAGAGCUCAGAAAGGCACCAAAUUAGCGAUGUUCCCUUCAGGCAGGGAUUACCUCCUCUUCAUCACUUCCCUCUCCAUCACUCCCACUCUUCCCCCGUCGCAAAACCAAACAGCUCCAAGACUCUGAGCCGUGAGAGCCGUGACCGAGCUCACACCGCCCAACGCACACACAUAUACAGAGCCAAACACACACCACUCAAGCUUCUGCAUCCUGCUCAUGAUCGUUGGCCUGCCCCCCUCAGCUGCUGCUACCACUCUAGUUUUAGACAAUGAAGAGGCCCAAGCAGCAGACAGGGCCCCUGAGCUUCCUAAACUUCUUCAGUCGCAAGCCCAAAUCAGAGCCAAAGCCCGAGAGAUCUGUGGAAGCCUGGCCCAAGGAGGAAGUGGCUAUAACCCUGACCCCGAGCGAGCAUCCAGAUCAGGAUCGCAGCCUGGCUGCAGAAGAUGCUGGAGAAUCAGGAGUUUCUGGUGCAGAAAGAGGAGAAGGAGGAGGGCUGCCAGCAGCAGCCGAGGUGGGCGAGAACAGUGCUGCCACGGGAGAGUGCGUGGGCGGGGUCAGCUGCGGCUCCACCGGAGUCCUGUCUCUCUCCCCGUCCAGCCAGGAUCAGCUAUUGGAAGAACACCUGGAAGAGUGCCCACUGUGCCUGCUAAGUCAGCCACGUUGCCAUUUCCCUCGGCUGUCCUCCUGCUCCCACAGGGCGUGCACGGACUGCCUACGCCAGUACCUGCGCAUUGAGAUCUCAGAGAGCAGAGUUGGCAUUGCGUGCCCUCAGUGCCCCGAGACACUGGCACCACUGGAUGUUCACGCAAUACUGGAUGACCAGGCACUUCUGGAGAGGUUUGAGGAGUAUCAGUUGCGGCGUUUUCUGGCUGCUGAUCCAGAUACUCGCUGGUGCCCUGCACCUGACUGCAGUUAUGCGGUGAUAGCUUACGGCUGUGCGGAGUGUCCCAAACUGAGCUGUGGUCGUGAGGGCUGUGACACAGAGUUCUGCUACCACUGUCGGCAGCUGUGGCACCCUAACCAGACGUGCGACCAAGCACGGCGCCAGCGGGCUCGCCACACCUCAGGUGGGAAUGAUGCCUCCACGUUGUACGUCUUCAAUGAAGAACCUGGAGGAGAUGCAGAGGAGAUCAAAGCAUGUCCUCGCUGUGGUGCCUACAUCAUGAAGACCAAUGAUGGCAGCUGUAACCGGAUGAACUGCACUGUAUGUGCCUGUCAGUUCUGCUGGCUUUGUAUGCAGGAGAUCACCGAUGUGCACUACCUCAGUCCCUCGGGAUGUACAUUUUGGGGGAAGAAGCCAUGGUCCCAAACCCGCAAGGUACUGUGGCAGGUGGGCAUGUUGCUUGGAGCACCUGUGGUCAUCUCCCUGAUAGCGGGCAUUGCCAUCCCAGUCAUCAUUGUGGGUAUACCAAUCUACAUGGGCCGCAAGGUCCAUGGUCGUUGUAAGAAAAACAAUAUCUCAGGAAGUAAGCACUACUUGACUGUGGCAAGUGGGGUGAUGAUGUCAGUGUUUGUGUCGCCGGUCAUAGCAGCUGUCACUGUGGGUGUGGGUGUGCCGCUAAUGCUGACUUAUGUCUAUGGGGUCGUUCCUAUGUCGCUCUGUAGGAACGGCUGGUGUCGACCACAGAGUGAACCUCCUGAAACACACAAAAUCCAACUGGAAGACUUGGCCAGCUAUCUUCUAUUCUCUCAUGUAGUCAGUGAUCACUGGACGGGUCAGAACAACCCAACGCUCAGUGAAACCAGCGUCCAGGAAGUCCGAGUCAGUGUACAGGAAGUAGGCGUCCUUCCUAGUACGAGCACCACGCCUCCGGAGCUAGAUAGAUAUGUUGGUUUGGAUGAAGCCACAAAACGCCAUGGAAACACCCAGCAGGACAGUCAGUCUGACUGCGAGGUGGUUAUUGUGCCUGAAAGCAAGGCUGACGACUCACAAGCGCUUACUUCCAGGGAAGGAACCAAUAUUGAGGUUCAUGUGGAAAUUGAAACCCAUCCGAGAGGCGCCCGCCAGUCCAGUCUAAGUAGCAUCCUGUCCAGCCGAAGCUUGUCAGUGGAGUCACUGGGACAAGCGCAGUCCCAAGAAAGCCCGUGUGCCUCAGAACUGGAAAAAAGACAAGAGACUGGAGGAGGGCAGGCAGAGGAGCAAGAGGGAAGGGAGAAACCAGGUGGAGACGAAGACACAGUUUUCCCAACCUUUGAAGCGGUUGAUGUAUGAGGUUCUUCAGAGCAGGUUUUGUACUUGGUUGAAAUUUUAGCCAUGCUUUAUGGAAACAAGUCUAUGAGCUGACGCGUUAAUGGAUUGAACAGAAAAUCGUCAGCACAGGACACCUCCUUCUUCCAAGACGGCCCCUCUCACCAGAUGCCUUGUAGCUCCAACCCUUGAGGAAGAUGCGGGUUCAGAGAGUAAAUGAAAAAGAUGAAUGUGUGAGUGUGUGUAUGAGCAUGAAAAUAUGACAGAAAACUGGAGCUCUAAGCAGAUAGGAAUGCAUGAUAGCUGGCUAGUUCAGACUGUUUUUUUUUUUGUAUGUAUGUAAUCCCAUCAAAAAGAUGCUACCUUUCUCUUCUUCAUUGCCCUUUACAAAUAAAGAGACCACUAUAUGUGAGAGGGAGCUGGAUGAUUUGGAUUGGUUUUAAGAAUCAAAAAACCUUCUUCUUGUUGGGUUUAUUUAAAGCGAUUCAUAAGCCAUACUGCAGGACAGGAGGAUUUCUUUUCAACAUGAGAUUUUAUGUCCACAGUUUUAAGACUCAUUUCCCACACAUGAUUUGAUGGGUUUAAACAGAUGAUGCAUGCUACACUGUUCCCCCAUUUUUCUCCUUUCUCGAAAAUCUUCAGUAAGAAGAGAAUAUGAAACUGUUUGCAGUAUGCCUGUAGCUGCUGUGGUUUAUUGGAAUUAACUUGCUCUGUGACGAUGUGGCACCACUCAAGUAGACAAGAGGGCUCAUGAACACCAGGAAAUUAAACGUGACCACUGAUCCACAGUCUUCCAUGAGAGAAGUUUUGGGCAGGGACGUUUUGGCAUCAUUGUAGUGCAGCUUUCAGCAGUCAAGGGGUUAUACCUUUUUAACCAGAACAUGGCAGCGACACCACAGUGUAACCUCUUAUGAGCUGCAUGACUACAAUUUGCUGUGUAUCCACAAUAACGUAUAAAUACUCGCAGAUUCACGUUUACCUUUCCACAUGCACAGCAUUCAGUGUAGCAGCUGUAGUGUGCGCUGCUGACAGCUUUGAAAUAGAAAUAAAAUCCUCUAAAAUAUUCACAGAGUACCAAAAUUACAACAGCAGCAUGCCAACAUGGGCUAAACUGUAAUAAUCCCUUUUAGUUGAUUUGUGAGAAAUACUUGACUGUACAGUACAAGCACUGCUUCGCUUCCUGAGUGUGAAAUAAGUGUACGGUGAUCUUGGACUUGAUAUGAUAACCUGCGCUGGGUUGUGGAGAGAACCUGAAUAAAGAUUUCACCAUGAAGGACAAAUGGAAACAGCAUGUUUUUAUUUUUUUAUUUUAUUUU